AUGGUUACAACAGCUAUUCUUAUACGUCGUAAUCUUUACAUUAAAAAGCAAAAAAGAAUUCAGAAGGUUACCAUCCGGUUCCUUGUUGAUCAACAAAAACGUAAAGAAUCAAUGGAUACUCAAGUAGCAGCUAUAUUGUACGUACAAAUUGUUUGCUAUGUUAUACUUAUGACACCUCAAAUGGGAAACGUAACAUAUAAUGCGAUAGUAAGCACUAUUCCUAAUAGAAGUAUGAAUUCCCUUGCUGUCGAUCGAAUGAUUGCUUUUCUUGCUGAAUUAAUGAUGUACGUUUUUCCUGUAUUCGCUUUUUAUUUGUAUACAUUGUCGUCGCCUACUUUUCGGUCAGAAUUAUGGAACAUUAUGGGUCCGGCAUCAAUUUUUUCUUCACAAAGACAAAACAGACAAAUCAAUCCGGUGAUACCAUCAAUUUUAAUUAAUUCACCGAAUAAAGAUUAUGGUUCACGAUUGGACCCGAGUCCAAAUUUGACUAAAGCACAAUUACACAGCAUUGCUGUUAUAUCUUAA